AUAAGCUGUUAGCGCGACAUCUUCUGGCGGAACAGUUACAGGCAAAAUUUACCCAUAGACGGCGCGUCUUUUGCCAAUUUGACGUUUUGUUAACAAAAGAAAAAACCGUGAACUGUCAAACGCGAAAAACUGCAAACCGUGGCGACGUUAUAGUUGCAAAUUUCCUAAUGAAGCCGAAAUAAACUAUUAAAUACGCUAAAAUUACUGUGGACACACAUACGAAGGUCCUAAUUAACAUCCUUGUCUGAACUGUGGGUGAGUGGCUAGCUGAACUGGUGAUUAAAUACGCCAGCGGGCAAGGAUACGUGACCUCACACGACCCGCCUAGAACGGAGAAAUGUGUUGGGCAGUGACUUGGAGUUUUUUUAGUGCCAAUAAAUGAAAGAUGAUUAACAAAAUAAUGUGUUGGCCAUAGCUCGAUAAGUUUGCAUUUCCUAGUUUAAAAUAUGUAUUUGAUGUUAAUUUGUUGGUUUGAGUUGGCAUAAUGAUUGUAAAAUUUAGCGAUGUGAAUUUCGUUAGUGCGUAAAAACGGUUAACCGAAUGUUAUUCUGCAUCAAAUCAAAGAAGCCGUGGCAAGAGUUGAGAGUGUUAAUUUCAAAAGUGCAUUUAGUUUUACGCUUUAGUUUUCAUAUAAAGAUUUCUCCAUAAAUUGUGAGUUUUAUUGUUUUCUGUUUUUUUAAAUCACUUGAUGUAAGAAACCCGGUUGCCACCAACCCCAAAUAUGAGCAACAAGUACUUCUUCAGACGUCACUAUUUUUAGCCGAAUUUUAUAGCUAAUCUGACAAUUGAAAAUCUCUUCAAUUUGAUCGAAAGAGUGCACUGUUGUCACACUUUUUGCUGUCAAAUGAAAGAAAAGGAAAAAUUUUUCAGCAGCAAUAAAUGGCAAUAAAAAACGUUGAUAACUUCUAUUAAAGAAAAUCGCAAGUUAAGGAAUAAAAACUGUAAAUGCAGAGUGAAUUGUGAAAAUGGGAACCCAUAAAUAAAUACUCGGGUGAUAAAACAAACAUAUUAGUGUAAAUUUAUGUAAAAAAUGCUAAAGUAGGAUGUUGAAACUCAAUCGACAGCUUGCAAAAGUUUUGGAAGUAAAACGCCUCCAUUUGCAUAUACAUAGUAUUUAUGUUUUGAAUUUGAUAUAUAAAAUUGAUCUCUACUUUUAGUGCUGUGUCAGACGCGUAUUAAUUAUUAUUAACCAUUAAAGAAAAAGAAAGUCUCCAGAAUUAUUUUAUACCAAAAAAUUAAAGAUUUCAUAGUAUCAACAACCAAACUAAGGUAGAAAAUUAAAAGUACGUGGAUAAAAAGGUGAAUAGAAAAUGUUUUGGGACAAAAGCUACACACCGUCGCAGAACAUAGAGGCGCUGCUGGAGAAAGAGAAUGUUACAGUGGAGGAAUUUCUGGACGAUGACGAUAUAUUACUGGAGUGUAGAUCACAAAAGAAAUCUAUUGUUAAUUACUUAACUCGUCCAGACGUGAUCAAACGCCUUGUUGAACUCAUAACUACAGAACCUUCUGAGGAUCUACCUUUAGCACAAAGAUAUCGGCAUGCGAAUAUGGCUUGCGAAAUCUUAACGUUUGGCUUACCGUCCCUAGAUGAGAAACUUUUGUCAGAUGAAGAUAUUUUAAAAACACUUUAUUCAUAUCUGGAAAAUGAACCACCGUUAAAUCCUUUGCUAUCGUCAUUUUUUAGCAAAACAUUUAGUAUGCUCUUCACAAAAAAGGCUGAACAAGAUUGGUUUUUGUAUCAACAAAUGUGCCUAAAACUCUUGGAAUACAUUAAGUCGCAAAAUAAUUUUUUGGAUUUGAUUUGUAAGCAUUUUUUCACACCCGUCAUACCCGAUUUGAUAAUGCAAAUGAUGAGAGAAGUAGAAGGUGGUCAAAUGAAACGGAAUUUAUACCAAUGGCUAACUGAUGAUAAACUUGUAGAGAGACUGAUUGCAAUAAUUGGUAAUCCUCAAGAAACCGACAAGCAUGCAAAUGUUUCGGAAUUCCUCUGUGAUUUAAUACAACAAGGUCGUUCCAUGCGUCAUAUGGAGCAGGAGAACGACUCUUUUGAGCCCACAUUCGAUGGUUCAAAUCCAAUUUUGAAAUGCAUCGAAAGUGAGCAGAAUAUUGAAGCCUUGUUGAAUGUGAUUUUGGAACCAAAUGCGCAACAGAGCGCUGUCGUAUCAGGAAUAUCGGUUGUACUUAUGCUUUUAAAACCUGUGGUGUUUACUGAAGAACCUAGUUCAGAUCGUAUGAAAUUCAUACAAAAUCGGGAAAAAGAGAUUCGUGAACAAAUACUCUCCACUGUGAUUCGUGUCAUUGCACCGCGUCUUAACGAUUUCAAUGAGCUACUCAGAAACCCGCCAAAUAAACCAGAAAUAGUGACUACCGCAGCUAAGUUAUCACAGCCUUUUGGGAUGACACGUUUGCAAAUCUGCCGUAUUUUUACAGUAUUACUGCAGACUAAAAACGAAGAGAUUUUGAAAGCCGUCUGUGAAACGGAUUUCUUUGAAACUUUACUCAUCCUCUUCAAGCAAUAUUGUUGGAAUAAUUUUUUGCAUAGCGAAGUUGAAAAGUGUCUUCAUUUAGUAUUUUAUACGCAACUAUCAAAUAACAAUAACUCACUGCAAGGUAGUACAAUCGUAAAUGAUGGAUCUUUCGGCAAAACGGGAAACAGUAUCGAACAUACUUCGUUUUUCGAUUUCGUUUUCAAGUCUGAUAACAAAAAAGACGAUGAGGCUAACGAUGAAAGUAGCAAUGUUGAAAAAGUAGAUGAACAAGCAGGGGAAAAGGAAGAUAUUGAAAUGAAAACGGAUGAAAAAAUUGUAGACGACAAAGUAGCUACUACAAACGAGGAAGCCAAAUUAGAAAAUAAAAAUGUAGCAAAUCUUAACGCCAUGGAAACUGAUGAUGGUACUGUAGAAAAAGUAGCAGAAAACAACGAAGACAAGUCACCGGCGCCUGAUGCUGCUGAUGAACACAAAUCAGAUGCAGAAGAAAGCGAGCAGAACAAAACUCAAGUUCAUACCGACAGUGGUCCGUCCGCAUUACAGAUGCACGUGAUUGAAAAGUGCAAGCUGAUUUCUAAAUUAAUUGACUGCUGGAAGCACAACUCCGACACAGAAUCAGCUGAAAAAGGUCGUCGUCUCGGUUAUAUGGGACAUUUAAUAAAAAUAUUCAAACAUAUUGCGAAUAGUAUAUCAGAAUCUGAACAUAUCGGUGCCUUAAUUGAGAGUAAUUUACGUGAUGAGUUUGAGCUAAAAUUGUGGCAAUCAAUAAUAAACCCAACCGAUGGUGAUCUUACAAAGGCCUUAGCCACACAAAGCAAAAUGUUAGCGAAUUGUAACGCCCACGAAGCGGGUGACUAUAGUCAACAUUUACCAAAAGAUUUUCUGGGUGAUAAUUCUACUUGGGACUAUGUAAUGUCAUCGAAUGUGAUGUCAACGAAUAUGAUCAAUAAUCUUGGCUUCAGCGACUCCGGCUCAAACGACAUAGUUUUUGCGCUUGAACAUGACAUCUAUCGCAAUAAUCUGCUCGAAAACGAUGAUAACGCCGAAAACGACCUUAAUUUGUUUCAGUUUGGUCGCAAUAUCGACGACGAUGAUGACGACGACGAUGAAAACAACGCUGGCGGAGAUGGCAGCGGUGUUGUCGGCGGCGGUGGCAGCAGUUCUUCGCUUUUCGGCAAGAAUGCCGUUUCAACAUCCGCACUACAAGCAUUCGGCGUAACUAAUAAUCCAUGGGACCACAUGGAUCCUUUCAGUGAUCUAACUGCAAAUAGCAAUUCAACACCUUGGGCAGCUGAUUUCAAUACGGAUAAUUUUGCUGAUUUCGAUUCGCAUUUCAGUUCAUUCACCAAUGAUUUGGGUGAGAGUUUAGUUAGUGCAGCAACCAUUAGCACAACACCUGGCACAACAUCGCCGCCUAAAGAGAGUAGUAACAAUGAUGAUGAUGCUAGCAAUAAUGGGGGAAGCAGUGACGGCAAUCAAUUGCAGCAAAAUGCGACAGACAACGGCACAACGCUGAGUGCAAUUGGUCGGAUUGCGGCUUCAACUAUAACAAGCGAUGACGACAAAUCCGAAACAGGCUACGAUGAUAAUGCAAAUAUUGAGAAAAGUGUAACGCUGGAAACGCAAGAAAUUGGCGAAUUCGCUGAUGGUACAGAUGCAGCAGACGAUUUGGAUGUCUCGAAUGAGAAGGCGUUGGCCACUUCGCUGGUGCGUACACUGCAAUCGGUUAUGCAGGAUUCAGAGGAUGACUAUGAGGAUGAUGAAGGCAUGUGGACGAAACCGUUAGGCGGCAGCGCGGUGGAUGCGCACGAUGACGAUGAAAGUGACGAAGGCGAACCUAAAUCCGACAAUGAACUGCGUUUCACCAAUGGCCCAAGUAGCAAAGAUCUUCAAGAAAACGAAAAUUCACAUAAAUUAAACAAAACUGAUGAUGAUGACUCCAGCACAAUUGCAACGGCGCAUAUCAACGAUAUUGAAGUUAGUGAAAAUAUUAAAGGUGCCGCCGCUGCUGCUGCUGCUGCUGCGGCUGGAGGCGACAUAAAACGCACAAACAGUUCCACAUCGCUGAAUGCGGGCACCAGCAAUGAUGUGGCAGCGGGUUGCAAUACCGCAGCGGUGCCCAAUGUAACUGCAACAACGACAACACCGGCCAGUAAUGCUGUUGAAAUUGUGCCAACAACAACCUAAAUGAAAUUUUGCUGGCACAUAAAAACUAAUGCAAUGCAAGAAAUGCAUGCAUACAUACAUGCAUACAUACAUACUUAUGUACAUCCCUAUGUACAAACAUGCGCAUGAAUGUAUGUAUGUAAUACGUAUCCACUUACAUACCUAUAAGUAUAUACAAAUGUAUAUGUAAGUAUAUAAUAAAUGAAAACGCUCAAAGACACGCAAUCACACUGCAAAAUGUAAAAGAAAAACUUCUUUUGACGCGCAAAAAAAAAAAAGCGUCAUGCCAAAGGUUGAGGUACCGC